AUGAAAUUCAUUAAUGAAACUAAUAAGGUUUAUUUAAAAAACAAAUUAACAUUGCUAGAAGAAAAUGACUUGAAGAAUAAAAAAAAAAAAAAAAAAAAAAAUUCUUCUUCUAAAAAUUGUUGGAGUCAAUAUACUGAAGAAAAUAAAUUAGAUAACCAAGUUAGGUUAAGAUGCCGACAAUUGCCUAACGUUAUACAAGAAUUGAGAAAGACUAUUCUAAGGCAAGAUUGGAAUGAAACAAUAUCUUUGCUAAUGAUUUUGUGUAAUCCUGGUCUUAAACUAUACAGUUCUAUAAUAAUUAAGGUAUCCAUUAUUUUACUUUUUUGUCAUUCUAAAUCUAAUUUUAAACUUCUCGUUCAUUUUCUAAGAUGUGCUACAGGAUAUGUAUCAAAUAAAGACAUUAUUAAAUUUAUUAAAAUUUUGUGUAUUUUAAGAAACAAUAAGUUGAAAACUGUAGAAAAUGGAAAAUUUUUAAGAAGUACUACUGUUAAAGUUACAAAAGAUAUUGAGUUUUCAACAGACUGA